GACUCGGAUUACGACAGUGACGAGGACACGUUAUGAGACGCAGGUCGCUUUCCGCUAGGCUCAAAGGCUGCAGCCAGCGGAUCCCUCGCUCUUCCCUGCCCAGGGGGUUACGACCUGCCGGGCUUGGGGGCUCUUGGUCCCCUCCUGCCCCCCAUCCAGGCCAAGGGGAUGCGCCCAGCCCUGGCCGGGGGGCCCUCCUGGUGCCCUCAGUGAGAUUCGGGGGAGGGGGCAGCAUGUGGGGGCAGCCGAAACAGGCCCUGCUGGGCUCGCUCUCCCUCCGCCUGGGGGAGGCCUGGCAGAGGCUCAAGGUCUUCUGGAGCGAGAACGGGCUGCUGACCCUCUCCGUCCUCUCCGUGGUGACCGGCUGCCUGGUGGGCUUCCUCCUCCGCUUGCUGGAACUCUCCCAUCUGGCGAAACAAUAUUUCUCCUUCCCCGGGGAACUCCUGAUGAGGAUGCUGAAGAUGCUAAUUUUGCCGCUCAUCACCUCCAGCCUGAUGUCCGGCUUGGCCACCAUGGACUCCCGAGUCUGCGGCAAGAUGGGCCUGCUGACCAUCACUUACUACCUUUGGACCACCUUCGUAGCCGUCACCACAGGCAUCGUGCUGGUGAUCAGCAUCCACCCGGGCGCCGCUGCCCAGAAGGAGGAGCACUCGGUGGGCAAAGUGGUGCUCAGCUCGGCCGAUGCCCUGCUGGACCUCAUCAGAAAUAUGUUCCCUUCCAACCUGGUGGAGGCUUCCUUCCAGCAGUAUCGGACUGUCCUCGUCCCCGUAGUGAAAUCCUCCGGGAUCCCGAAGAAGGCCAGCUCGUCUUUCAGCUUCAUUUACUUGGUGCCCGAUCCCGGGAACCCAGAGAUCCAGCGUCCCGUUCUGCUGGAGAUCACUCCCUCGCCGGAAAUGAUCUACGAGGCGCUCCCUGGGAACAACAACGAAAUGAACGUCUUGGGCAUCGUCCUCUUCUCGGCCACGGUCGGCCUUCUCUUGGGGAAGAUGGGGGAGCGAGGGGCCCCCCUGGUUAACGUGUGCCAGUGCCUGAACGAGGCCGUGAUGAAGAUUGUGGCCAUGGCGACGUGGUACUUCCCUUUCGGGAUCGUCUUCUUGAUCGCCGGGAAGAUCUUGGAGAUGGAAAACCCAGCGCUGACGGGGAAGAAGCUGGGCCUCUACGCCAUGACGGUGGUGACCGGGCUGGCCAUCCACGCCCUUUGCUUCCUGCCCCUCCUCUUCCUCAUCCUGACCCGGAAAAACCCCUUCCCCUUCAUCCGGGGAAUUCUCCAGGCCCUGCUGAUCGCCCUGGCCACCUCGUCCAGCUCAGCCACGCUGCCCAUCACCCUGCGGUGUCUCCUGGAGAACAACCGGAUUGACAAGCGCAUCGUCCGUUUCAUCCUCCCGGUCGGAGCGACCAUCAACAUGGACGGGACCGCGCUCUACGAGGCGGUGGCCGCCAUCUUCAUCGCCCAGGUGAACGAGUACGACCUCGACCUGGGACAGCUCAUCACCAUCAGCAUCACAGCCACGGCCGCCAGCAUCGGGGCCGCUGGGAUUCCUCAGUCGGGCCUCGUCACCAUGGUCAUCGUGCUCACCUCCGUUGGCCUCCCCACCGAAGACAUCACGCUGAUCGUCGCCAUCGACUGGGCCCUGGACCGGUUACGCACCAUGACCAACGUCCUGGGUGACGCACUGGCCGCCGGGAUCAUAGCUCACAUCUUCCAGAAGGAGUUCGCCCCAAAGGACCCCGUGAAUGAGAGGCUGGUCUCUCCCCAACCUCAGGAGCCCGGGGCGCAAGGGAUGGAGGAGGCCCUUCCUGGACAGAACGGUCGCUGCAUCUGCGAGGUGUGAAGGCUUCCCAUCACCCGCGACGUCCAGGGGGCCAGUGCUGGGGUUGCUCCCUUUGACUCUCCAGGACCCCCAAGAAGGAAGAGUGAGGAGCCACCCGCCCUGACUCUGCUCUCCCGGAAGCCCUUUAGGGGAAGCCAAGAUCGGGGCCCACCAGAAGAGACGCCUCAGAGGUUGCCGGAACUUCCUGGAAACUGGAUAUUGGACUGUUGGCUCCUUUUUUAUUUUAAUUUUUUUUUUCAUAACGAAAGCAAAAACUUUCCAUCAGCUUUCUUAGUCCUUAUCCCUGAGACGCCCUCUAACACACCGGCCAGCGUUCCAGUUCUAAAAACUAAGAAGUGUCUUUUCUAAGUAGGGGGAGGGGAUGACACCAAAGAGGAGGCACCUUUGCCAGCUGGCUGCAACCCUUCCGGGGGUCCAGGCACCCGGGGGGGGGCUUGCCAAGUGCUUCCCACAAGUAUCCUCUCUGACUAGCUCGUCCUUGAUGGCACAAGCCUGCUCACACACACACACACACACACACACACACACACACACACACACAGUUGGCAGCAGAGGCUGACAGUUGUGAGUCCAUGGAGAACAAUCAAUCAGUGGGAAAAAUUUUCCUCCAGAAGUUGUGGAUGCUCCAUCACUGGAGGUCUUUAAGAAGAGAUUGGACAGCCACUUUUCUGGAAUGGUAGAGGCUCUCCUGCUGAAGCAGGGGGUUGGACUAGAAGACCUCCAAGGCCCCUUCCAACUUCCCCGUGGAAAGGGGCAGAAAGCAGAGAUGACCAGGGGCAGGAGGGACUCAGCGGGCAACACAGUCCUGGCUGAGCUCACACUGAGAGGCUGCAGGGAAGAAUUUCUGGGGAGGGUCUGGGGAGCCCCUGAGGCACAGCAAAGCGAGGUUGUGGGGCUGAUUCUGAUGUUUCCCAGUCCUAAUGUGGCACCUCCUCUCUGCCACCGAAGCGGGAAUGUUUUAAACUGUUCCAGGGGUUUUAUGCAUCAAUUCACAUCUGUGGCUGAUAAAAAAAAAAUGUAGCUGGGCACAGCCAGUAUGGGUGACUUCCAGAAGAGAUGCCUCUCUCUGCAGUUCUCACCUUUGCAGGUGAAACCCAGCCCAGGAUCUGUUCUGGCCCCAAGCAGGAACUUCAGCAGGACAUGAAGAGACCUUCCGUCCUAUAACUAACUCCGUGAAGGGAUUGCUCAAUUCUGAAGGGUCUUUGCUCCGUCAGGGGGAAUCCAAGGGUCCCGAAAUCUCAAACAGAACCACCUCAACUCCCAUUUCCAAUAUUUUGAGUGAGCGGCUGAAGACUUUUCCUCUGCUGGCUCUGGGAAAUGUUGCUGACUGAGCUCAUCAUUUGGCCCGAUCACUUUAACAUGUCUGUGAAAACAGAGUCACGAUUUUGAUGGAGAAGACCAGGAACAUCCGCCUUCGGAAAAGCUGAGGGACGUGGAACAUGCUGGGUGAUUGAGAAAGCCAGGGAAUUCCACAAGGCUUCAACAAUUAUAGGAAGGGCUUUGUGUUAACCACGUCAAGUGGUGGCAUGACGUCAGGAGAAUCCCAGAAGGUCCUGGGGAGAAGCCGAGGUGGAGGUCAGGAAGCCUCAAGAUGGCCAGAACAUGGAGAAGCAGACGGGCUCCAGGCUGGCAAAUUUGGGGGAGGGGGACAGGUCUAAAUCCACUCCCCUUAUUUAGUCCACCUCUGUGUAGAGUAGAUAUUAAGGAAGCUGGAUUGUAAGAAGAUGAGCAGGGCCUUAAAAGUGGAGGAAGGGACAUCAACAACCUUGGUAGCCUGUGAUGACGCUAUCUUGAUGGCCAAAACAUGCACAGGAACAGCUCCUAGCGAUAAAAGUUCAAGGAACAGAGUGAAAAAAGGGAGAGAUAUUAAAUAUAAAGAAAACUAAAAUAACGAUAGAACGACCAGCCUCAGAAUUCAGAAUGGAGUUACAACAAACGGUGCAGACCUAAAGGUGCUUUUUUUUUUUUCAAGAGGCAACUGGACUUUCUGGGAUUUCUUUGAAGACGUUUCACUUCUCAUCCAAGAAGCUCCUUCAGCUCCGACUGGGUGGUGGGGAAGGGAAGGAUUGAUACUCCUUGCAGACAGCCGGUCAUUUGCAUCCUUUUUAGGGAGUCGUUGAGGCCGCUUGGAGGUUUGUCUGUGUCCUCGGGGUCCCCUGAGUGGUGCAAGUGGGUGUGGAGCCACCUUGGAGCUGCCGAAGGGAUUGUGUUGUGGAGCUGUGCUUUCUGCAGGAUCUUUUCCGCCCUGCUGGGUCCCUUCACUGUUGAGCACCAGAGUGAGCCUGGGUGACCCUGAGGACACAGACAGACCUCCAAGUGGCCUCAACGACUGAUGUUUUUGAACUUUGGUGUUGUUGGAGGAAGCUCUUGAGAAUAGCACGGAUGGCCAAGAAAGCAAACAAAUGGAUUACAGGGCAAAUUAACCUCAGGUAUUCUCUCGUGGCAGAAAUGAUUGAUUUCAAAUGAUCAUGUUCUUCAGACAAAAGGCUUGGAAAAAAAUCAGUCAUGCUAGAAAAGAUGGAAGGAAAAAGAAGAAGCGAAAGAAGAAGCCACUUGCCAUGUUGCAUCUCUCGCCAGCUGUGCAACUUACGGAAAUGUUCAACAUGCACAAUUUUCUAGACAGACUUAAGAAAUCACUCCAGCGCUGAGCCAGGGCUUUCCAGAGAGACAGACAGACAGACAGAGAUUGGAUGGAAAGAAAGACAUCUACAAAAUGAUUGUGGUACAUUCCAUGUUUAUCUGGGAUUGCCUCAAACUCUGGCUGAAUUUAUUUAUUUCAGCAAAUUUAUAUGGCCACCCAACUGAUUCUCAGUGACUCCAGGCUGCUUACAGAGGUUAAUUUGGUCAACUUCAAAGUUUCUAUUUUCUCAUAGUAAUGACAUUGUUCCUAGAGCAGGAACAACUCCCAGAAUUCCUCAGCCAGAAUGCACUGGCUGAGGAAUUCUGGGAGUUGAAGUCCACAAGUCGUAAAGUUGCCAAGGUUGGAGAACCCUCUCCUAGAGAGUAUCUGUUCUUUUAAUCGCAAUGGCCGUAGCGCUUAGACUUACAUACCGCUUCACAGUGCUUUAUGGCCCCCUCUAAGCAGUUUACAGAGUCAGCCUAUUGCCCCCAAUAACCUCAGCCCUCAUUUUACCGACCUCGGAAGUAAGGAUGGAAGGCUGGAACUGGUGAGAUUCGAACUGCCAAACUGCAGUCAGCCAGCGGUCAGCAGACAUAGCCUGAAGUACUGCAUUCUAGCCACUGCACCAUCACGCUAAUCAUGGGUUAAUAACAAUUAACCCACCCCCCAAAAUAAAUGUAAAUAACUACAUCAGCAAUAUUCAUAAAAUAAUUUUCUACA